AUGGCUGAUACUCGGAUUUCGCGCAAUGUGGGCAACAAGGACUUCACGGAGUCAACGGUGGUUAUUAUCGGGGCGGGCUUUUCGGGCUUGUGUAUGGCGAUUGAUCUCCUCAAGCGGACGCCGUGUCGGAACUUCGUGAUUCUCGAGAAAGGCAGUCAGGUUGGCGGGACUUGGUUCGAUAAUAAGUAUCCCGGAUGCGCGUGUGAUGGCGUUGCGGAGAAAUACGGUCUCUUCAAAUACAUCCGCUUCAACACGGCCGUUCAGGAAGCCCGCUGGGAUGAUGAAAAACUACAGUGGACGGUGGACGUGGAAGUCUCCGGUGUCAAAGACAGACAAUAUAUUGAGUCCUACCAGAUAACCGCCGGUUUUUUGAUCUCCGCCGUGGGCCAACUGAAUAUCCCUAAGUGGCCCUCGUACCCAGGUCUGGAUGACUUCACGGGGAAGCUGAUGCACUCGGCACGAUGGGACUGGACUUAUGAUUUCACCGGAAAGCGCGUGGCCGUGAUCGGAAAUGGCCCGACAGCCGUUCAAAUCAUCGGCGCUAUAGCACCCUCCCUGUCGCAUCUCACCGUUUAUCAACGAACCCCCAACUGGGUCAUCGAGCGCAACGAUAAACCCGUCUCCGCAGUCCAGAGAUUUCUUCUUUCACGCGUCCCACCCCUGCGGUGGCUCAAGCGCUCCCUUCAAAUGCAAUACCGUGAGCUAACACACAUGGCUCUUACCGAUGGCGAAUCCGCAAUGUCGAAAUAUUUUCGAAAAACCUCCAUAGCAGCCAUGAAGGCCCAGCUACCCGACAAGCCUGAAUACUGGGAUGAGCUGACCCCGAACUACGCCCCGGGGUGUAAGCGGAUUAUCAUAAUUGACGAUUACUAUCCCACUUUGAACCAGAAGCACGUGGUUCUCGAUACCAGGCCGAUUCAUGGCCUGACGGCGUCUGGCGUUCAGACAGAAGAUGGUGAGGUAGCGGAGUUCGAUAUGAUUGUCCUGGCGACAGGGUUCCGGACCGUCGAGUUCUUGCAUCCCAUCAAGGUGUUCGGGGCUGGUGGCCGUCCUAUCUCGGAUGUAUGGAAGGAUGGACCUAAGGCGUAUAAGGGGGCCGUGGUGGAGGACAUGCCUAAUUUCGGCAUGUUAUAUGGGCCUAACACGAACCUUGGCCACAACUCUAUCGUUCUCAUGAUCGAAGCGCAAUCACGGUAUUUGUCAACCCUCAUCCACGGAUUCAUCAAGGCCAAGAAAUCGGGCAAAUCACUGGUGAUCACUCCUCGUCCCGAAGUCGUCCAAAAAUGGGACGAUGCCGUUCAAACUCGACUGGCGAAAAGUAGCUUCGCGGAUCCGGCUUGCCAUAGCUGGUAUAAGGCGGAAAACGGCCGGGUUACGCAGAAUUGGUCGGGCACGGCAAUACAAUAUCAGAAGGAAAUGGCCCGAGUCCGUUGGGAUGAUUACAUCGUUGAAGGCACCGGUAAGGAGCUGGUUAAGGGAAAGAACGUGUACAUUGGCAGAGUUGUAGAGGAGAUACCAAUCAGCUAUACGGCUUUAGUUCUUGGGUUGGUGGGUGUUGUGGCUGGCGGAGUGGGCUAUAUGAAUGGGUUGACUGGGGAGAAGAUUAGGCCAUGGGCUUGGCAUCUGGGAUUGAAGCUGAAGGAGAAACUACUGGGGUAA